AUGAUCUGUUCUGAGAUGAAUACAGUAUAUUUUCGAUACUCCCGUGGAACUUUAAGUGAUCCCUUCACAUAUGAUUAUUUUAAAAAUAAAGAACUUUUAAUCCAGCUGCAAGCACGUUGUCGUGGUUGGAUAUCAAGGAAUAGAUCUUCACGUGACAGAACUGAAGAUGAUGCAGUGAGAUGUAUUCAGAAGAAUGCAAAGGUUAUGUUCGAUCCCUGGUUCCGUUUAAUGUUGGCUCUGAGACCGUUAAUUCGUACACAUCGAGCAGAAGAGGAAUUACUUUUCCUUAGGAGUGAGAUCGAAAGGUAUAAAGCUUUGGUUCGUAUGCUACGAUUUGAAAAUGCUGAAUAUCAAGCAAGAGUGGCUAAUUUACUUCACUUGUUAGAACAAAUGAGCACGAAUUCCUCGAAUACGUCGAAUGUUCAAAGUUUGGUUCAACAAGUAAGUUAUCCAUCGAACAAUUUCCCUUUUUUUCUUUCACCUUAUGAUUAA